GAUUAGCCUGGAUAUUUUGGAGUUGAAUGCUUGGAGAAACUUGGACCCAAAAUUUGACCCCUCCUUCUAUCGACUUUUCCAAUCACAAAUUCACAAAUAUAAACCAUUUCAUUGCCAGCUAUCGAUUUUGUAUGUUUAGAAAUACAAUCAAAAUGGCAGAAACAGCAGCAAAAAGACUCAAGACCUCUCCCGUUACCAUCGGUACUCAUAAUGGCCAUUUUCACGCAGAUGAAGCCUUGGCUGUUUACAUGCUUCGCCUUCUUCCUACUUAUCAAUCUUCAGAGCUCAUUCGAACUCGGGAUCCCAAACUUCUAGAGACUUGCCAUACCGUGGUUGAUGUGGGAGGUGAAUACAACGACGAAACUAAGAGAUAUGAUCACCAUCAACGUACUUUCGAUACCACAUUCCCAAAUCGUCCUACCAAGCUCUCUUCUGCGGGGUUAGUGUAUAUGCACUACGGCAAGGCGAUUAUCGCACAACAUCUAGGUGUCGCCGAAGAUGCGGAAGAAGUUGCCGUUAUCUGGAGAAAGAUUUACGAAAGCUUUAUUGAAGCACUUGAUGCUCACGAUAACGGUAUUUCAGUCUACGACCCAAAGGCCAUUUCCGCCGCAGGCUUGGAGAAGAAGUUCAGCGACGGAGGUUUCUCAUUAGGGGCUAUGGUAUCCAGAUUGAACCCAAACUGGAAUGACCCCACUCCAUCUGAUCCUGUCGAGGCUCAAAAGGCAGAAGAUGAGAAAUUCUUGGUAGCCAGCACUAGAAUGGGUGAAGAAUUCUCAAGAGAUUUGGAUUACUAUACAAAAUCGUGGUUACCAGCACGAUCAAUUGUCCAACAAGCAUAUGCCAAACGCCUACAAUACGACUCGAAGGGAAGAAUCUUGGUGUUCGACGGUCAAUCUGUUCCAUGGAAAGAUCAUCUCUACACACUGGAAGAUCAAGAGAACAGCGAGAACAAAGUACUCUACGUUCUCUACCCUGAAAGCCCACGUCCAGAUGCGAAAUGGAGAAUCCAAUGUGUACCAGUCACCAAAGACUCUUUCCAAAGCAGAAAGCCAUUGCCUGAGGCAUGGAGAGGUUUCAGAGAUGAGGAAUUAUCUCAAAUUACUGGUAUUCCAGGAGGAGUAUUCGUUCAUGCAGCGGGAUUCAUUGGAGGAAACAAGACUUUCGAUGGGGCAAGUAAGAUGGCAGCAACAGCGGUUGAUUUGUGAUAUCCACUAAAGUCAUGAAAAACAUUAUUAUGAGGCGUUGUUCGGUAUCAAAAGCCAAAAGGUUAGAUAGGUUCAAGAAAUAUAAAACCCAAAUCGAUGUGUUCAUACACAUCGGAAUCUCAAAGACA